UUUUAUUGGAAAUUAAAAUUGUCAUAAAAUUUCCCAAAUUAAAAAACUCUUAAGACAAAAAAAAAUUAAAACCAAAAGCCGAACACCCAACCCGAAAAAUUAAGAGAGGGAACGAGAGAUGUUGCAAUUAGGGUUUGAAGCUUGACCCGCCAAAUCUUCUCAACCCUAAUUUUCUCGGUUUACUCAGCCAGCAUUGCCUUCUUAUGAAUUGGAUCCCGAUCCGGAUCCUCAAAUUUACUGUUUCCGACUCGAACCGGCUUUCUCUCCGACAAUGGCGGCGAAAUCUUCGCUUUCUGCUUCGGUGGAUAGAUCGGAGCCUCCUAAGGACUCCUCGAUGACACAAAUUGAAGAAAAUACAUCGACUGUUAAGGAGGUUUUAUCGGUAAUUGAUUCAUUAAAGAAGCAAGUUUCAGCGGACAGAUCUGUUUCUGUAAAGAAAAGAUUGGAAGAAAACAGGCAAAAAUUGGGUGGCAUAACAAACCUCUUUUAUAAAUUGUCAAAUGAACGAAGAAGCAAUUUGAUUAGUGAUGCUGAUAGUGUUUCAGAUCUAUUGACAAAGAGGCAAAAAGAUGCACUUGGUAUGCAAAAUGGUCUUGACAUAAGUAAUGGGGAUAAGGAUAAUCAUAGCUAUCAAGAACCUUCUACAGCAGUUCUUAUGGGAUCUAGUAUUCCAGUCAAGAAUGCUGUUCGUCCCAUUAAGCUUACAGAAGUGAAAAAAUUACCUCCUUAUACUACAUGGAUAUUUCUAGACAGAAAUCAAAGAAUGACAGAGGAUCAAUCAGUGGUUGGUCGAAGAAGAAUCUACUAUGAUCAAAGUGGUGGUGAAGCACUUAUCUGCAGUGACAGUGAGGAGGAAGUAAAUGAGGAAGACGAGGAAAAAAGAGAUUUUGUGGAAUCUGAAGAUUUUAUUCUUCGCAUGACCAUCAAGGAAGAUGGUUUGUCUGAUCCGGUACUGGAAUCGCUAGCACAAUGUUUAUCUAGAAGUCCAUCUGAAAUCAAGGCAAGAUAUGAAAGACUUAUGAAGGAGGAGAAGGAUGCUGGGGCCUCCCAGAAUGGGGGUAUUGAAGCACAAAAUUGGAAUUCCUUUCUUGAAAAAGAUCUUGAAGCAGCUCUUGAUUCUUUUGACAAUUUAUUUUGUAGACGAUGCCUUGUCUUUGAUUGCAGAUUACAUGGAUGUUCUCAAGACCUUAUCUUUCCUGCUGAUAAACAACCUCCAUGGAACCAUCCAGAUGAAGAAAAUGCACCGUGUGGCUCACAUUGCUAUCGUUCGGUACUGAAGUCAGAAAGAAAUGGCACAGUUAGCUCUCAGAUAAAUACCGAAGAAAAGUCAAACUCUUCAUCUGAUGGUGUUACGGCACGAAUGCCAUCCCGUAAGAAAUCUUCUGGUCCAUCUGGUAGGAGGAAGGUAAAGUCUUGCCAAAGUGAAAGUGCUUCAUCCACUGCUAAAAAUCUUUCAGGAAGUAGUGACUCAGAGAUUGGACCUAGGCUUGAAGGCUCCUCACCAAUUCCCCAGUUAUCAUCUUCUAAGAAUAAAAUUGCUGGAAAAUCUGGAAUUUUCAAGAGGAAUAGCAAGCGAGUAGCUGAACGUGUUUUACUUUGCAGGCGCAAGAGGCAUAAGAAGAUGACAGCUUCUGAUUCUGAUUCUGUUGUGAGUGGAGGUGUUUCUCCUAGAGAUAUGAAACUCAGGUCUAAUGCACAGAAAGAAAAUGAAGAUACUAAGUCUUUUUUGCAGAAGAAUGUGAAAUCUCCAAAUACAGGAAGGUCUAGAAGGAAAGAGUGGCCAUUAAAGGAGGGAGUGCAAGGAGAAGUUUCCGAAGUUCCUUCUAGUGAGACUAUUAAUGAUUUGGCUUGGAGUAAUAGCAAUGAUGGCCUGAGAAAAGAAGAGUUUGUGGAUGAAAACUUAGGUAAACAAGAACUAAGUGAUCAUAAAUCUUGGAAAGCUAUCGAAAAAGGUCUUUUUGAAAAAGGUGUGGAGAUUUUUGGCAGGAAUAGCUGUUUGAUUGCCAGGAAUCUUUUAAAUGGAUUGAAGACAUGUUGGGAAGUUUUCCAAUACAUGACCUGCUCUGACAAUAAAGUGGCUUGUCAUGCAGCUGAUGGUUUUAUAUCUCUUCUUGAAGGGUAUUCCAAGUUUGACCUUAAUGGAACCAUGGGAAAUAAUGAAGUAAGACGGAGAUCAAGGUUCUUACGUAGAAGGGCUAGAGUCCGUCGUUUAAAAUAUACCUGGAAAUCAGCUGCAUAUCAUUCAAUUAGGAAAAGGAUUACCGAGAGGAAAGAUCAGCCAUGCCGGCAGUAUAAUCCGUGUGGUUGUCAAACAGCUUGCGGAAAGCAAUGUUCUUGCCUUUUAAACGGGACCUGCUGUGAAAAAUACUGCGGAUGUCCUAAGAGUUGCAAGAAUCGAUUUAGAGGUUGCCAUUGUGCUAAAAGUCAAUGUCGAAGCCGUCAGUGCCCAUGCUUUGCUGCAGACAGGGAAUGUGAUCCAGAUGUUUGUAGAAACUGUUGGGUCAGUUGUGGUGAUGGCACUGGUAGUCUUGGGGUUCCUCCACAAAGUGGUGACAAUUAUGAAUGCAGAAAUAUGAAGCUUCUUCUCAAACAACAGCAAAGGGUCUUGCUUGGAAGGUCAGAUGUUUCUGGAUGGGGAGCUUUCUUGAAGAAUAGCGUUGGCAAGCAUGAAUACCUUGGUGAGUACACUGGGGAGUUGAUUUCACAUCGGGAAGCAGAUAAGCGUGGAAAGAUAUAUGACCGUGAAAAUUCCUCAUUUCUCUUCAAUCUAAAUGAUCAGUUUGUUCUUGAUGCUUAUCGAAAGGGUGACAAAUUGAAGUUUGCCAACCAUUCUCCCGAUCCUAAUUGUUAUGCGAAGGUCAUUAUGGUUGCAGGGGAUCAUCGGGUGGGUAUAUUUGCCAAAGAACGAAUUAAUGCGGGGGAGGAGCUUUUCUAUGACUAUCGUUAUGAGCCUGACAGAGCACCUGCUUGGGCUAGAAAGCCCGAGGCAUCUGGGACCAAAAAGGAGGACGGUGCUCCUUCAAGUGGACGAGCUAAGAAGCUUGCUUAACCUGACCAUUUAUUUACAUCCUAAAUUCAAAAUUUUUUACCAUUCUUUCACAGGUAGAAGGAUCAUUCUCAUUGAUAGAUGAUAGGAAAGGUGAAUGAAUGUUCUCUCAUUUUGUUGGGGAGGCGGCCAUUGCCAUCUCCACUGAUAACUUAUUUGAUUUUAUUGCCUUUUAAUUCAUUUUUAUUCCAGACUAGACCGUGUUCACUUACACUGGAAAGAUGUCAAUGGAUUAAUAUGACCUCACUUGACAUGAAAUCAUCAAAGCAAGGCUCUCCGCCCAAUGUGUCACGAACUUUUUUUUUUUUUUUUUGUCAGGGGAUUUUCCCUUUGGGGUCUUUCCUUGAUGAAGUGCACAUUUUCUAGAAAAUGCAGAUGGAGUGAUAUUUAUUACUUAAAUAAAUUAAAUUUAUUCUGGUUUGCUCAUACAAGUAAGUCUCAUUUAUGGUUGAAUAUGGUGUUUUUGGAUGUCUCAGUUGGGACUAAGGUGAGAUUGAACAGAAAGAUAGUUGUAACUUGCAGCUAGAAAAUACGCUUAGGGGGUAUCAGAGUUGUUAUUUUGGGAUGCGUUUUAACGUUCUAAGUCAAUAUGAUGCCUACACUAAGGUAAGAAAGUAAAGAAGAUGAAGAUGAUGAACUGCAUGAGAGAAGUUUCAGUGAAGGAAAAGUUAAAGACUGUGUUAGGUCUAGUUUGUGUUAUCUUAAUUAUAUGAUUUUUCAUUUACUUUUUGCAUGAGAUCAAUGAUAAUGCUCUUAUGGAGGUAGUUGAUGAGAUGUCUGAAUGGAAUUUGAGAAGAGUUUACAUGAAUAAAUAAGAAUUGCAUUUAAUGAUUCAGACAAGCUGGAUGUUGGUGGAUCAAUUCUAAUACGACUGUUUUGACAAGUUAUCGGGGGGACUUUGAGUGUAUCUAUCCUUUGAAGGUUGAGCCUAAGUGUAUUUUAUCUAGGUGAUUCAAAGAUCCCACUAUAUUGAUUAAACUUUAACUAUUCAUUAAUUGACUUAGACGUAAAAUAAUAUAUUCUUUUACCUUCUAGACUAUUAAAUUACAAUAAAUGAAUAAUCAUUUCGUAUCAAUUAAAACGAAGCUAUUAUUAAAUGAUUGAUUUA